AUGAAGCACAAGUACGAGAGCUCGAAGGCAAAGUACGUGAAAUGCGUCAGUCGCGAAACAAAAGCUAGAAACUCACUGGAGCUAAGUCAUGGCUCGCAAAAUGUUUUAAAGACUUUAGGAUUGAAAAGAGAAAAGCUUGAAUUGGAAAAGAGAAUUGAGGAUCUCCAGGAACGAUUGAGAUUCUAUGAAUCCCAGAAUCAAACAGUCCUACAAGAAAAUAGGUUAGGUGAUAAAGCAUUCCAAGAAAUUCCUUCACUCCUCUAUAAGUUUCGAGAAGGCAUCGAGAAAAAACUACAAGAAAAUGCACAAGUUGUUAACGCCUUAGAGGAGAGACUUAUAAAAUGUGCGAAAAACUGUCAAACACUGACAAAAUUGAACAAAAAUAAAGCUAAACGUGUUUUCGAAGAUGAAAUCGUGAAAGGGUCCAGUCAACAAGUUCAAUCUAUUCCAGAUUUAGAAGAACCUACGAGAUUCGACCUCAGGAGAUUCAACCCUACGAGAUUUCUCCCUAUCAGAUGUUGAAAAUCUUAGGAAUUUGGAAGUGGAAUUACAGAAGGAAAAAAUGAUAAACGAGGACCUAAUGGAAAGAUUCAUAGAGAUUGAGGAAUUAAAUAACAACUACCUUGACUCUAUGAGAUCACUUGAAAGUAGGGCGAAAGAUGCUGAAGAUCUACGAGUACAGACCGAGACCCUCCGAGAACAGAACGAAGGCCUUCUCAGUGAAAUAUCGGAAUUGAAAAAAACUACUCAUUGA